GACGUGACGUGCACUCGAAGUGACGAAAAAAAAUAUUUCAAGCCACAAAAAAAAAUGGACAAGGCAAAACUCUAUCAGCGAUCGAACAAUUUGCAGCGCGAAGACACAAAAUUAGUGCUGGACGAGUACAGUUCCCUGCUAAAAUUCAACGGAAGUGACACCAUUAUGGAUGUCGGAUGCGGUUCGGGCGACGUUACAAUUGAUUUGUUGCUGCCACGCAUCCCGCCCUCAUUCACAAAACUCGUUGGCACAGACAUCUCGGAGCCGAUGGUGCGUUAUGCCAAAGACACGUACGAACAUUUGCCGCGCAUCGUCUUCGAGCAUCUCGAUAUCACGGCGGGAGUCAUCGAAAAUAAGAAAUUUUUGAGCUUUUUCGAUCAUGUCACGUCGUUUUUUUGCCUUCAUUGGUGCCAGAAUCAACGACAGGCGUUUCACAACAUUUCGCGAUUACUGAAGCCGGGAGGCGAUUGCUUGAUAACUCUCUUGGUGCAAAGCCCCAUUUACGAGGUUUACGAACGCAUGGCGCAAAGUUCAAAGUGGCAAAAGUACAUGAUGGAUGUCGAUUCGUACAUUUCGCCGUAUCAACAUAGCGAGGAUCCGAUCGGGGAAAUUAACGAUUAUUUGGAUGAAAAUGGAUUUUGUGAGAAUAACAGGAUUGUCGAGAUAAAAGAAAGACUUUACAUUUAUCCGGAUACGGAAAUUCUGAAACGGGCAGUUAAAUCGGUGAAUCCAUUCAUAAAAAGAUUGAUGCCGCGCGAACAAGAACAGUUUAUCGCGGAAUACGUGCAACACGUGACUGAUAUGGGCUUGAGAACGAACGAAGACACAUAUUUGACGCGAUAUAAGCUGGUAGUGAUUUAUGCGACAAAAUAGUGUUUAGAAUGUAAAACGAUGAGAUAAGUUUUUUUUUGCGUUGGAAAUUUACGGGUAUUACCUUAGUUAGGUUAGUUUGAGAUUACGUGUGGAAUUCAUGACGCAUUUUUGAGAGUGUUUCUUCUUGACAUUUUUUCCCAUGAGUAUUUUACAUAAUUUAAAUAAAAUUUACAUUAUUAGCUGUUAA